AUGGUUUAUCGAGACGUUCAUAAUCCUAUUUUGUUUGAAAUAGCAUGGGAAGUUGCAAAUAAAGUGGGUGGAAUUUACACUGUUUUAAAAUCAAAAGCUCCCGUUACAGUCCAUGAAUAUGGUGACAGAUACACUUUAAUUGGUCCAUUGAUACAAGCAUAUGCUGUUGCAGAAGUUGAAAUAGAGGAAGUUACUAAUCCUUAUAUCAAAGAGAUUCUUGAUGAGAUGACAAGACAAAAUGUUAGAUGGAUGUAUGGUCGUUGGUUGAUCGAAGGUUCUCCUCGUGUGCUGCUACUUGAUACAGGUUCAGUUGCUGAUAGACUUGAUUCAUGGAAGGGUGAUUUAUGGAAUGUUGCUGGAAUUCCUUCUCCACCUAACGAUCAAGAAACUAAUAAUGCUAUACUGUUUGGAUAUCUUGUUGCAUGGUUUUUGGGUGAUUUUGUAGCUCGUGAAAGAACCAAAGCUGUGAUAGCGCAUUUUCAUGAAUGGUUAGCUGGUGUUGCAGUAACUUUGUUUCGCAAACGACGAACAGAUUUAACAACAAUUUUCACAACACACGCAACUUUGUUGGGUCGAUAUCUAUGCGCUGGUUCUGUUGACUUCUACAAUAAUAUAAAUAAUUUUAUGGUAGAUGAAGAAGCUGGAAAGCGUGGAAUAUAUCAUCGUUAUUGUAUUGAACGUGGUGCUUCACAUUGUGCUGAUGUUUUUACCACUGUCAGUCAAAUUACUGCUUAUGAAGCUGAAAAUUUAUUAAAAAGGAGGCCAGAUGGAGUUCUUCCAAAUGGAUUAAAUAUUGUUAAAUUUUCUGCAAUGCAUGAAUUUCAAAAUUUACAUGCAUUGAAUAAAGAAAGAAUUCAUAAUUUUGUUAGAGGACAUUUUUAUGGACAUUUUGAUUUUGAUUUAGAUAAUACGCUCUAUUUUUUCACAGCUGGUCGUUAUGAAUAUAGAAAUAAAGGUGUUGACAUGUUUAUUGAAUCAUUAGCUCGACUUAACUCUCGUCUAAAAGCAAGUAAUUCACCUAUGACUGUUGUUGCAUUUCUUAUAAUGCCUGCUGCAACACAUUCAUUUACAGUCGAAUCGUUGAAAGGACAAGCUGUCACGAAACAAUUAAAUGAAACAGUAAAAGAUAUUACUGAUAAAAUUGGUCAAAGAAUAUUUGAAAAAGCAGCUCGUUAUGCAGGAGGGGAUAUAAAUGAAGCAGUGAUUGAUCCAAAAGAAUUGCUCACCAACGAAGAUAGAGUUCUUUUAAAACGUCGUGUGAUUGCGCUUAAACGUUGCACUCUUCCUCCGAUAGUAACUCAUAAUAUGUCAGAUGAUAUUAAUGAUCCUAUUUUGAUUCAUCUUCGUCGUGUUCAAUUAUUUAAUCAUCCAUCAGAUCGUGUUAAAAUUGUUUUUCAUCCAGAAUUUAUAAAUUCAAACAAUCCAUUGUUUGGAUUAGAUUAUGAGGAUUUUGUACGUGGUUGUCAUCUUGGAGUAUUUGCCAGUUAUUAUGAACCAUGGGGAUAUACUCCAGCCGAAUGCACAGUAAUGGGUGUACCAUCCAUCACAACCAACCUAUCAGGGUUUGGUUGUUUUAUGGAGGAAAUACUUGAAAAUUCGUCCGACUAUGGUAUUUAUAUUGUAGAUAGAAGGAUGAAAUCUGUAGAGGAAUCAGUUCAACAGCUAGCUGACAACAUGUUAGAAUUCUGUCAAAAAACAAGACGUCAACGCAUCAAUCAACGUAAUCGAACCGAACGAUUAUCAGAUAUUUUGGAUUGGAAACUGAUGGGAAUGGAAUAUGUAAGAGCUAGAAAUUUAGCAUUACAUAGGGCAUAUCCCGAUUCAUUUGCUGGCUCGGAACUAAGUGAUUUUCAACAUUACAAAACCAAAAUUCCAAAACCAUUAUCAGCACCAGGAUCACCAAGAAUUCGUGGUAGCAAUUUAGUUGAUGUUGAUGAUAUUACAGAUGGAAUAACAAAUUUUAAUUCAAGCAAUCCAUUAUUACCGAAUCAAGUCAUAAACAUGGAAAGCAGUAAACCAUUUGUCAAAUUACCAUUCCCGCCGUUAAUCGAUCCACAACAAUUGAUUCUAAACAGUAAAAAAAAAUCAAGUGCCAGAAAUAACAGUCAUGUGCCGUUAAGAGCGCCUAACGCGUUCAUAAUUUAUCGAAAAGUUUUCGUUGAAGCGGUAAAAAGCGAAGGACAUCGAUUACCAAUGACGGUGAUUUCGUCAAUGGCAUCACAUUCGUGGGAAAAUGAGACGGAUGUUGUUAAAGAAGAAUAUAAACGAUUAUCAAGAGAGGCGUAUAAUAGGUUUAAUGAGAUGUUUCCUAAAAAAGAUGGGAAAAAUCGUCGUAAAAAAAGGGAAGUUUGGAAUUUGGUUUCUUUUGACAAACAAAAAAUCACAUUUCAAAUUUUUCAACAAAUCAAUCAGAAUUAUCAUUGGAAUCUUCAUCUUCGUCAUCAUUAG